AUGGCCGCAGGAGUUGAAAUGCGGGUGCGCUCCGCGGCGCGGACUGACGGCCGGUGGGAGGUGCUGCUGCUGCUGCUGCUGCUGCUGCAGUGCCUGGGCAGCCACCCCGCCCUCGCCGCCGCUCUGGAAGAUGGGCACGUGACGGUUAAAAUCAAGAGAUACUUCAGCUUCCCGAACUCGGAGUUUGAUAAAUACGGAGGCGAGGUGUCCUACGCCAAGUCCGCCAUGGCCUGUGCCCGCAGCGGAGGCUACCUUUCUGCGGAUCAAACACCUGCUGCGCAUCAGUCCAUCACGGACAAUUUGCGGCCGACAGGACGCCGCUUGGAUGCGCUUAUGUACACGUUCAUGGGCGGCGACGCGGAGUACAGCGUGAACACGCAGCGGUGUACGCCAGGAAUGCUAACGGCGUCCUUGGGCUGCGUCUACCAGUGGAAUCAGGGCGCCUUCGCUGACCCGCUGGUCAGGGGCCGCGGCGCCUCGUUUUACAGGGGCUCACGGUUUAACGUCCCGGGCAACGGCCCGAUGAACGGGUACACGCCUCACUGGGCCGCUAUUAACCCUUAUUUCGGCCAGCCUUAUGUGGUAUCGCGUCUGCGCGUGAAGCAUCCAGCGGAAACGAUAACUUGGCACGACGCAGCAGAUAAUCCAAGGCUCACUCCUAUAAGGGCCAAAAAACUCUUUGGCGUUGUCUGUGAGGUGCAGGAUGCGACCACCACCACCACCACCACGAGGCCGCCAACCACCACUACCACCACGAGGCCGCCAACCACCACCACGACGACGAGGCCGCCAACCACCACCACGACGAGGCCGCCAACCACCACCACGACGACGAGGCCGCCAACCACCACCACUACGAGGCCGCCAACCACCACCACGACGACGAGGCCGCCAACCACCACCACGACGAGGCCGCCAACCACCACUACCACCACGACGAGGCCGCCAGCCAACACAACUAAGUUGCCGCCGGAGGAGGUGGUUGUCCCGUGGGCGCAGAAGCACUGGUAUGUCCUUAUUCUUGCAGUCGUGCUGCCGCUUAUUGCGGCUCUUGCACUGAUAAUUAUCAUUUGCUGCUGUUGCUGCCGCGGUGUCGAUGAGUCCAAGUGGGUGACGCCCAUGGUCUUGCGGGAGGUGAGCGGCGAUGUGCGGUAUGCAGCCAACCAGAGGCGGGGAAGCGGGCUGGGUUCCUUUGAGGACCCAGUUUUCCCCAUGUGUCCUCCCCGUGAGCAGGGAAAUGGAGUCCUGCAGAAUUCUUGGAUGACACCCCCAGCACCCGCAGCGUACGCCUCACCGUCGUUCGGGCUGCCCAGUCGCUCCAGUCGCCGACGCACUUCAUCAGGUAUUUUUGCAGGUGUGGAGGUGCCAAGGGGCGACGAGAUCGCGGAAGGCUGGGACGAUGCCUCUCUUGGGAAUACGAGGGAAUUACGGCGCGAUAGGCCCUCCGGGCCUGUGGUAACUUGGGAGGAUACGGAGACAAUAGGGCCGUAA